AUGAAAUUGUAAUAUCCAAACUAUAUCCAAUCUCUUGGACUCGUCUCACUUCACUUCAUCCUAACAUUGACAGGUGCUCAUCUUUAGUAUUUCACCAUUCACCUCCACAGUUGUCUAAUGUUCACAGUAGAAUUACAACUCUGUCUUUAGUCAUAUUCACUCAUAUUACAUGGUCAGCCAUAGUAGUAUGGUGCCCCUGGAGCAAAUUAGGGUUAAGUGCCUUGCUCAAGGGCACAUCGACAGAUUUUCCAUCUUGUCAGCUCGGGUAUUUAGAGCCCAACGCUCUAACCACUUGGCUACCUGCCGCCCUAAUUCACAGUUUAACUUCUAUAUUCAGAGGUUAUUUUCUCAGAAAUAAUAUGGAUGUGAAUGAAUGUUCAGACAGAAAGACGCUGCUGAUCAACAGUUUACUGGGCAAUAAAUAUGUCUGGAGCGGCUUAUUGUAUUUAUUCUGUACAUUUACCUGUUGUGCUUUUCUCUAGCCAACCCAAUUCCGAUUUUUUGGCAUUUAUUUGGCAUAUUCGAUACAGACCUUAUCUUAGGUAUUAGCAAUGUGUCACGAUCGUCAUAAUGAGUGGACCAAGGCGCAGCGUGAUAUGCGUACAUCUCUUUAAUAGUGUACUAGCAACACGAUACAAAUAACAAAAACAACAAAACGAAACGUGAAGUCCUCGGUUAACAACACAAACCUACACGGAACAAGAUCCCACAAAACACAAGUGCACAACAGGCUGCAUAAGUAUAGUUCCCAAUCAGAGACAACAAGCAACAGCUGAUUCUCGUUGCCUCUGAUGGAGAACCACCCCGGCCAACAUAGAAACACAUAACCUAGAAACUGAACAUAGAACACAAAACAUAGACCCUACACACCCUGGCUCAACAUAUAAGAGUCCCCAGAGCCAGGGCGUGACAGUACCCCCCCCCCCCCCCCCCCCCCCCCAAAGGCGCGGACUGCGACCGCGCCAACAUAAACCCAACAGGAUCCGGCUCCGGGCGUGACCACCACCGUCUAACAACCCCCCCGUAGCGCCCCUGGUCUGGUCCCGCUGGCUGGAGCUGGACUGGACAUCGGUGGAGCGGAUUGCUUAGGCUCCGGUGUGGAGCAGCUGACCGGUACCUGACCAGGCACCGGUGCAACAGGCACGGGCUGUGCCGGACUGACGAUGCGCACCACAGGCUUGGUGCGGGGAGCAGGGACGGGCCGGACCGGGCUGGUGACGCGGACCACAGGCUUGGUGCGGGGAGCAGGAACGGGCCGGACCGAGCUGACGUCGCGCACCACUGGCUUGGUGCGGGGAGCAGGGACGGGCCGGACCGGGCUGGCGACGCCACCACAGGCUUGGUGCGGGGAGCAGGAACGGGCCGGACCGGGCUGACGUCGCGCACCACUGGCUUGGUGCGGGGAGCAGGAACGGGCCGGACCGGGCUGACGUCGCGCACCACUGGCUUGGUGCGGGGAGCAGGAACGGGCCGGACCGGGCUGACGACGCGUACCACAGGCUUGGUGCGGGGAGCAGGAACAGGCCGGGCCGGCGACGCGCACCAUUGGCUUGGUGCGAGGUGCAGGAACAGGCCGGGCCGGGCUGGCGACGCGCAUCACAGGCUUGGUGCGAGGGACAGGAACAGGCCGGACCGUACUGGGAACACACACCACUGGCCUUGUGUGGGGAUCAGGAACGGGCCGGACUGGUAACACACCUCAGUACCUCUCGCCGUGCCUCUACACUCUCCUUCCCUCUACUGACCAAUGGCCCCCGUAACCUGGUGGCCUUCUCUCCUCGUCCACAAACUCGCCCUUUAUCUGCCUCCAGCAGCCCCGUCGUCCAUGCCGUGUGCCCCCCCAAAAAAAUGUAUUGGGGGUGCCUCUCGCCUGUCCGACGACGGCCCGGUUGGCGCCGCUUCUCCUCUCCUGCCUGGGUCUCCCCCUUCAUCGCCCUCUGGUAACGGACGGCCUCCUCCUCCGUGAUCUGCCCCCAACCGAGGAGGACAUCCACUAACGUUACCUUCGGCGUUUGCUCCUGGACACGCUGCUUGGUCCUGUAUUGGUGGGAUCUUCUGUCACGGUCGUCAUAAUGAGUAGACCAAGGCGCAGCGUGAUAUGCGUACAUCUCUUUAAUAGUGUACUAGCAACACGAUACAAAUAACAAAAACAACAAAACGAAACGUGAAGUCCUCGGUCAUACACAAACCUACACGGAACAAGAUCCCACAAAACACAAGUGCACAACAGGCUGCCUAAGUAUGGUUCCCAAUCAGAGACAACAAGCAACAGCUGAUUCUCGUUGCCUCUGAUUGAGAACCACCCCGGCCAACAUAGAAACACAUAACCUAGAAACUGAACAUAGAACACAAAACAUAGACCCUACACACCCUGGCUCAACAUAUAAGAGUCCCCAGAGCCAGGGCGUGACACAAUGUGAAAAGGUGAAAAUAAUUCAGCUUUAUUUGUUUUUACUCACCUGGCCUUGGUUCUCAUUUUAGUUUCUAUUUUUCUAAUGUUCUCCUCAUGGUAUUACAAAAUAUGAAUAUAUCAUCCCUCUCUCCCCCCCUUUUUUUUAAUUUUAAUUUUUCUCCCAGGAAAUAAAAGUAAUUUGAAUUAAAUUUGAAUUUUUCCCUCUCUCCUCUUUUCUCCCUCUGUCUCCCAUCUCUCAGGUGUAGUGGAGGCAUGGACUGUAACUGCGUCAGUGAUCUGUUGCUCACCCCCCCUGUCCCUGCCCUCUGGACACCAGGUGAGGCAAGCAGGAUGGGGGCACUUUUUUGCGGAAGCCGGGGUACGUGGUUUGGGGAGUUGGGGAUUUUAUUAGUGUUGUGGAGGAACAUUUGAUGAACUUUUGGGGGAGGGCAGAUAUCAGUUAUACACUAAGGGAGAUGUACAAAGUGCUUGUACCUGUGCAAUGUUAAGUGUUAACUGUUAUUAUCAGCAGGGAAUGAAAUAGGCAACAAAAAACCUUGACGCUAAUUUACCAAACUGUCUAUAUUUACUAAACAAAAUGCUUUAUUCCUACCUCUUAACCUUUGUACCUUUUUGUAGUAGGUUUACUUGUAUUCCCUUGCAUACUUUUUCCCUGUGUUACCGCUUAGUACAUCAGGCCUUCAUAGCUAGUGUUUUCUAAUGGUCAAUAUGUAUACUCCAACAAGUCUGGAUUAUAAAGAGAAUUUGUUAUAUAUAAAUAACAAAAAACUUACCACACACAUCGGUGAACAAAUAAAGUUUCUAAUUUGUUAGGAUUCAUGUUUCUUUACUUAUUCUGCAAGAGGUAAUUAGCCAGAAUUGUUGUUCAAUUGAUGAGCUAUUUAAUUCUAUUAGAAGUGUAUGGCAGCAGGCAGUUAGAAUUCAAGUAUUGUCAAAAUGUAAGUAGCAUCCAUCAACUCUGACAGAGAGCUGAAAUCUAACUGACCAGCUAGUGGGUCCAAGCUAGAGGGCAUUAGUAUUACCACAGAGCAACAUUGCUGUAGGCACGCUCUAUGAUAUUAAACACAUCAUCCCUUAACUGCAUCACUCCAUCAGUCAUCCAGACAGCUAGCCCCUUUGGCCAGCACUCACCAUUCACAAACCAAUAGGCCUCAAUCUCAUCCUUCUGCUCUCCUGGUCCUCCUCCUCAGGCAUCGCCUUCCCAGACUGGGCCUACAAGCCUGAGUCGAGCCCUGGCUCGCGACAGAUUCAGCUUUGGCACUUCAUCCUGGAGCUGCUGCAGAAGGAGGAGUACCAGAGUGUGAUUUCCUGGCAGGGGGAAUAUGGAGAGUUUGUCAUCAAGGACCCCGACGAGGUGGCCAAACUGUGGGGCCUCCGGAAAUGCAAACCCCACAUGAACUACGAUAAGCUGAGCAGGGCGCUAAGGUAGGAACUGUGUGUGUGUGUGUGGUGUGUGUGUGUGGGUGGGUGGGUGUGCAUGUGCUUUAUCUGAUAUAUUUCAGUAUAAGAAGCCAGAAAAAAUAGCAGUAUUUAUUUUGGGUGGAUUUAAGUCCUACGUGUCUCAUUCACCUUCUCCCUCCAUGUCAGUAAAAAUGGAAAGAAAAAUAUGAUGUUUUUUCCUUAGGAAUGUCAAUACCCUCGAUUUCACCUUAUUUUCCAAUGUCCAAAUGGAAAAGUUCACUAUUAAACCUCCAUAUAAAAUAGCUUGGACUUACCGAGAGUCAAUCAAGUCCUUCUGCAGUCUCAGAAAUACUUGGCUCAAAACUCUGUAGGCAUUGCUAUGUGAUUUAAGCUAUAACCCUGCUACCUAUUCUGCUAUACAUCAUUCUAAUGAAUUUACCCCCCUGCACCCCACCGCUACUCAUUGUUUACUUAUCAAAUGACAAUACACACACACGCGCACACACACACACACACACACACACACAUGCACACACACACACACACACACACACACACACACACACACAUGCACACACACACACACAAACGUACACACACACACACACACACACACACACACACACACACACACACACACACACACACACACACACACACACACACACACACACACACACACACACACACACCCUGUUACCCCCCUCCCUGGUUUCCCCUGCUCUCUCGUUAAUGGGGGCUGUCGUAGGGGUCUAAUUGUUAUGAAUUGGCUGGGGCCAUAAUUAGCCUUCUUGAUUAGCCUAGCUUAAUUGCUCAAUUAAGGGCCGCGGCACAAUUGCCACGCAAAGCAAAAGUGUACAAAUCACUGCGAGGGCCCCAACCGUUUGUUGUGGAUACAUACUGAUAUAUACAGGUCUGUAUGCCUGUGAAGUUGUUACCUUAUAUCUACUGCGUAGCUAUACAGGAUUUUCACUUUGUCAAAGGCCUAUUUUAAAUUACUUACAUGCUUCAAAUACAGUCAAUUAAAGUCUAAGAAUGUAUCAGGACAGUCACCAAGCUUGAGCACACAUUUGAAAAUAUAACACGUUUUUUCUUUAUUCAGUUUUGAGAACACCCCCCCACCCCGCCCCACCUCUGUACCUGAAGUACCAACCCUCUCAUCUGAACCAUAUGGCAGUAUGUAGUAUCUGACAGUGUAGGAUUCUGACAGGUGUUGUAGCCUGUGACACCUCAGUAGGUGGCACAGGAAACAAGCACUGUAGGGUUAGAGUGAUUGGCACCUGAGGUUGUUUCCAUAGAGACACCACUCACACUGUAGUUCCACCCUCAAAGAGGCACUUCAGUUGUAAAUGAUGUCAGAAGCACUGACAGCAAGAGUUGAUGUAUAUAUAUUAUGCAUAUUUCUGUACAUAUACAUGUAAUAAAUCAAAUGUAUUCAUCACAUUCUUCGUAAACAACAGGUGUGGAAAAACAGUGAAAUGCUUAUUUACGGGCCCUUCACAAAUAUAUGUAAUAUUUACAUACAUUAUCAUUGCUGUAUGUCAACGGUGCACAGCAGGUCAGAUCAGGCCCUGGAGGGAUGUUGUCUAUGCGCUGGUUUUUGGUUUUAGUCAGGGACUUAUUUAGUCCUGCCUAACGAGGUGUGUGGUGACUCUAUCAAAUCAAAACAUGAAUUGAUCAGUGAGAUGCCAGGGAAAAACAAACCCAGCAGGAGUUUAGCCCUGGAGGACCGGUGUUGUUCCCCCUGCUCUAAGGGAAAACAUUACUGUUGACCAGGGACUAUCCAACCUUGCUCCUGGAGAGCUACCCUCCUGUAGGUUUGUGCUCCAACCCCAGGUGUAACUAACCUGAUUCAUUUUACCAACCAGCUUAUUAUUAGCAUCAGUUGUGCUAGAUUAGGGUUGGAGCGAAAACCUACAGGACGGUAGCUCUCCAGGAAGCAGGUUGGAGAGCCCUGCUGUGGACCAUCGAUGAAAACAUGGAUAUUUAUUUCUAACUCUUCAUAUUAUGUCUCUCCUUUCUCCAUUCCCUCCAUCCUAAUCUCUUCCCUUUCACCUUUCUCUCCAUCCUCCCCCACCCAGGUACUACUACAACAAGCGCAUUUUGCACAAAACCAAAGGGAAGCGUUUCACCUACAAGUUUAACUUCAGUAAGGUGGUGCUGGUGAACUAUCCUCUGCUGGACAUGGCCAGCUCCCCCUUCCUGCUCCAGAACCACUUCAAUGGGGGCUCUGCCGCGCCCGACUGUAGCCCUGUCACACCCGAGGUACGGAGGGAGGAAGUGAGGGAGGGUGGGUGGGUGGGUGGGAGGGAGGAAGGAAUGGAGUAUAUGACAGAGGGAGGGAUGGAGAGAAAGGGUAAUGGAUGGAGGAGGGUAUCGAGAGAAAGGAGAAAGAGAGGAUUACUAGGACGGACAGGAAUUACAGGUAUUCCAGAAUAGACAGCUACUCCAAGUUAUUCCCCGGUAUUAUCACAAUCCAUCACAUUGUCUAAAUUGAGCUGUCAUUUGCACAGUACAUGUUUGAAUUCACCAAAAUUAAGGGACAAGUUGGAUAGAAAACCAGCAGAUUCCGAGUACCUGAGAACCAUCAACGACAAACAUUGGGAAAAAGAAGAGCGAAAUAAAGGGAGGAAAAUGAGAGGGAGAGAUGGAAAUAUGGUUGCCACAACUCCAUACUUGAUUGUUUAUUAAUGUUGAUUUGAUUCGGCGGGUCUAGCUAAAAUCCAUUUCGUAUCAGGGAACUGCAGAUUGCACUGUACAGACUCCUGCUGUGUAUUCAUUCUUCAGUUACGGGAGGAUCAAUUGUAUUCCGCGUAUCUUAUCAGACAUAUUUUAUUCACUGUCUCUAAUAGCAGCAGUCCUGAUCAUGAUAAAAUGGUCUUCACUUAUUAUUUGCCCAGAGUAAUAUUGAAAUUUUUACAAAGAUAAAUCUUCUUGGACCACCAGAGGGGUUGUAUGAAUAAAACUGUCCUGUUACAGUUUGUAAUGAUACAAUAGAAACACGUAUUGAAUUAAUGGUUCUGUGCUCAGGCUGCAUAUUUAACUUUUCUGAUUGAUCAAUUUAGGUGAUGAUAUAUUACAAUUAAACAGUAACUGAUUCUUACUUUCUCAUUUGAUUGGAUAUCGAAAUUGCUAUGACAAUUAUUUUUUACUGAUUUUUAACAAAUACAAAAAACGGACAUUGCGAUACUAGUGCAAAGGGUAUUUUAUCUUUAUUAAUUUAAUUCAUGAAAUGUAUUUAAAAGGGAAUAGAGUUAACUUUAAAUUACUAGCAUAGUCUUUGCUUGUCCUGAAAGAUAGAACAAGAAAAAGAGAGUCACAAAGAGAGUGAAGGAAAAAGUGGAGAGAUGGUUUUAACUUGUCCUUAAAACAAAAGAAGACGUUGUCCACCCUUCUCACAUUCCCGUCUCGGGUUGGCCUAUCCCUCUAUCAUCGAUUGAAAAUGAAAGAAAUAAAAGACAAGUAGAUACGUCAGAUCAGAUCAAUGCUCGGUCAUUAAUGCAGGUUUGGUUAAGCAAUCCAGAUCAUGCAGCUUGGAAGUACAGUCUCGCUUCUCAAACUUGGAGCUGAGGGGUGACAGAAAUUAUUGAUCCCAGCUCUUCUAAAAAAAGAGAAAUCCCCCCUCUCUCUCUCUGUCUCCCUCGACUCUGUGUGACUUAACCGUUUAGUUUGUUUGGCCUCCUUUCUCUUUCCUGUUUUAAAGCACCUCUACACACACAGACACACACACAUGCACGCACACACACACACACACACACACACACACACCUCAUGCGCACACACACACACGUACAUUCUCCCCUCUCUCUCUCUCUCUCUCUCUCUCUCUCUCUCUCUCUCUCUCUCUCUCUCUCUCUCUCUCUCUCUCUCUCUCUCUCUCUCUCUCUCUCUCUCUCUCUCUCUCUCUCUCUCUCUCUCUCUUACCCCACAGCUAUUAUUUUGUUUACUCUCUCUCUCUCUCUACCUUACAUCAAUCCUUUCCCUCCUUUGUCCCCUCACACUCUUCCCUCCUCGAAGGGCGCCCAAUCCCUCUCUCUCUUGUCGUUUAUCCUUUGUGCCCACUUAAUCGUUGGCCUCCAUUUGACUCUGUACUUCUUCUGGCUUUGAGCCUCUGCGUCCUCCUACCUCCUCUCCUCAUCUUCUCCUCUGUUCUAUCUUCUCCUCUCCUCUCCCUUUCAGUCCCCUGGCACUUCCUUUUAUCCUGUCCUUUUUGCACCACACACUACAGGGUGCCAUUGCCAUCAAAUGACUUACCCUAAAUACAUGAUUAUUUAAAGAGGAGGUUGAGGAUCCUAUAGACAAGUCAAAUGUGUUGUUUUUCUUUGCUGAUCAAAUUAAUUACUAUUGAUUGCUUUUUUUUGGUAUCUCUGUCUCUCCCUCUUUCUCCCAGGCCCUGCAGUCAUUGUUCCCUCGUUUGCCAGAGUCAGGGAGAGGAACCUCCCUGUUUGACCGAGUGGCCACGGCCCCGGGACCAGAGGGAGACAAACUGAGACUGGACACGUUCCCCUUCCUCAGCUCAGGUGAGAGAGAGGAGAGGAGAGGAGAGAUGAGAGAGGCGAGAGGGAGAGGGGUGACAGGGGUCAAAAUAAGGUAGAAGAUGAUUGUGGAAAAAUGGGAAGGUAAAGAACAGAGGAGAGUGGGAAAAAGAGGCGAGGAGGAGAGAGGGAAGGUAAAAGGAAGGAAGGAAGAUGAUGGAAAGAGGAGAUUGAGAAUGACAGAGGAAAUGCGGAGGGCGUCCGGAGAGAGAGAACAAGGUCAAACCCAUGUUCACUGCAGUACUUUACACAGCAGUGAUAUGCCCCUUUACUGCCUCCAAUUCAUACUCUCCUUCAGGUGAGAGGAAGGGUUAGAUGGGAAUGAUCUACAGUAUAUAUUACAGUAUUAUUACAGUGAUAUGAGGCAGGUGCUCAAUUAAGGUAUUUGAAAUUUAUGUCAGCGGAAUCAUUUGCAUUUUCCCUUUAUACAAGCCUUCAGUUUGUAUGUGUGUGUUUUAUUUGUGUGCUUGCCUGCGCGAAUGUGUGCAUGUAUCAUGUAUGUGUGUGUUUUAUUUGUGUGCAUUUGUGUGUGGGUGAGCGUGCGGGCGUAUGUGUGUGUUUGUGCAUGUGUGUGUACAGAUGCCUUUGUCUGUCUGGAUACUCCAUGUGUGCGUUUCAGCCCUGCUGCUGCAUCAGAAUGUGUGCUCUUACUGUACAGUGAGUGUGUGUGUGAGUUAGUGUGUGUUCACUGUGCACACACUCCCCUUCACAUCACAACCUGGCCCCCCUGUUUUGUUUGUCCUCAGGUCCUAUUCCCCCCUCCUUCCCUCCUCACCCUCCUCUCCCUCCCAUGUGUCCCCCCUGUCCUAAUCCCUUCCCAGGCAGGAAGGCCCUAAUUGAGGGUGCAGGCUUCAGUUUGUGGCCUGUGGGCGCCCAUUACUGUGUUUUCAUAAGCAAGUGAGGCCUGCCUGACUGAUUCAAUAUUCAUGUGUCUGCCAGCUACUCCUGGCCCAGCACACAGAGACUCAAGCACUGUCAAAUUAGCCCUGCAUAGCAAAUAACAGAGAGAGAAAGCGGGAAGAAGAGAGAGAGAGCAAGAGGCAAGAGAGAGAGACGAUCGGGAUGAGAGAGAGAGAUAGAGAGAGAGAGAGACGAGAGAUAGCAUAGACGAGAGAGAAGAGAGCUAGAGAGAAGAGAUAAGGGCUAGAGAGAAGAGCAGAGAGGAGAUAGAUAGACCUAGAUCGCUCCGACUGCGAGAGAGUCGAGUGGAACCAGGCGAGUGGGUCCUCUUUUGAGUUUGCUGUCUGUGUUGGGAGGAAGAAGUCAGUCGGUUGGGAGUUCAUUAUUUGUUCAUCAGCAUUCUUUUUGAAUGAUGAUAGAGGAAGCUGAUGUAAUGCACAUACACAUUAUAUCAGCUGUUAUGUUAAUCAAAUUUCUGCUUUUCUGUCUAAUAGAAGAAGAAAAAAAGUCUUACAUUGGUUUUAAGUUAUAUAUUAAAGUAUGAUGGAGCCAUCUAGAGUGCCAGGGUGUGCGAGUUCUGUUUUUCUAUUAUUCAGUUGACUUCACCAAGCACCUGGACUAUAUACACGGCCAACAACAGACAGCUUUUCUAAAUAACUGGAUUUCUCUUACCACAGUCCAUUUUCCUUUUUUCAUAGACCGUAUUAUUUUAUUACAGUGGCAUAACUAUUCUGUUAUGUAUAUAUAUAUAUAUAUAUAUAUUAUAUUAUUAUUAUUUUUUUAAUUUGUCAGAGAGCAUAUCUCUCAUCAUGUGUUUAUCUUUGUUGUGAACCAGUUGAAUGUGUGAAUAGGUCUGGCAGGCAUAUAGUCUAAGAUCAGGGUUCUCUUCAAAUCAACAGCGCUCACAUUUUGCCCUAGUGCAUAGCUGUGGAUUUGCAUUGCUAAUUAUUGCAGAGCAUAAUUAGUGAACAUGCUUGGAUGUGGUAUGUCAGGAGACCUUUACCCCUUCAGAGAGCUAACCUCUGUCUCUGUGUCUCUGUUCUCUUCCAGGCGCUCCCUGUUACUCCAAGCCCCCGUCCCUGUUGGGUCCUUACCCCCGCAACCCUCCCUUCGACUACCCCUGGGGCUUCAAUCCCUACCUCUCAGGGGCCUUCUCCCUCAACAACUGCCCCAAACUGCCCCCCGGCUCCCUCUACCCCUCCCACUUCUACCCCAACCCGCUGCAGACCAGUCUGGGCCAGCUGCCUCACCCCUUCUCCUCCCUACUCCCCCCGGGGGAGGUGGCAGGAGGGGGAGAGAGGGGAGCAGCGGGCCAGACUGGGGUUACUAACGGCACGGCAGGUGGGCAGCCCAGACUCUGCCUGCCUCCUUACCCUGGUGCUCUGUCGCUGGGCCGGACGGACAUUGGCAACGGGGGCUCUGUGGGUGAGAGGGAGAGAAGGGAGACCAACACCCCAGGCACAGGGCUUGGGUUGGGGCUAGGGUUGGGUCUGGGUCUGGGUCUGGGAGGGAUGGGUCUUGGUGGUGGUGCUGGGGGGCGACAGAGCCCAUCAGAGCGGCGAGGCGGGGUGAAGCAGGACCCAGAGUCAGACUCGGACCUGGAGAUCACAGAUCUGAGCGACUGCAGCUCAGACAACGACAACGAGCCUGACUUCAGCAUCAUCAAGGAGACCCGGCUGAGCGGUCGAUCACAGAUCCUGGUGGAGGGGAAGAAAGGGGGAGCACUGCCACCUCUCUCCUCCCUCCCUCCCCCUGUGUCCCCCCAUGCCCUCAAGAGGCUGGUGUCCCUCACCCCUCCCCCUCCGUCCCUCCCUCUACCCCUCUCUCCAUCCAUUGCUCUGGUUGAACGGCACAGGGAGACAGAGACUCUCAAACUGAUCCACAGCUAA